UUUGUUGUGCUCGUGAGAGAAAUUCACAUUUUGCAACAUGUAGCGUCAAUACGACACAGUAAAAGUCACAUUUCUCAGAUCUGUUUGAAUUGUCUGGUCGACAUUAGGACGUCGUUUCAUAUAAAUCCUCUAAAAGUGACAACAGGGCGGAAAGCGAAAGCGUUUAUUCUCUGAUGACAGCUGGCAACAUUUGCUGACAAAAAGUCAAAACCAUGCUGAAGUGGUUUCUCGGUGGUCGUGAAGCUCAGAGUUCAGUGGAGAAAAGCUCUGUGCUGUGCAUCGGAGAGGAACAGCCCAAAAACUGCUUCACUGAGCUGCAGGUGCUGAAAGGACAUUUUGACAUUGUUCGAUUUCUGGUGCAGAUUGAUGACUUCAGAUGUGCCUCGGCCGGGGACGACGGCCUCGUUCUGGUGUGGAACGUCGAGACGGGCGAGAGGCUGCAGGAGCUUCGAGGUCACUCGCAGCAGAUUACAGCCAUAACCACCUUCACCUGCCACGACGAGGCCACGUCGCACACCUCGCUCAUCACCGCCUCUUCAGACCGAAGCCUCAGCCUGUGGGAUCCUGAUACUGGAAACAGAGUUCAGACCAUUUCAGACCUUCAGUCUGUGAAGUGCUUGCUGGUGCUGGAGCGUCUGUGCAUGUGGAUCUCCGGCGGGGAGGAGCUGUGUGUGUGGAACAAAGACUUGGAGCUGCAGUGUCAAAAACAGAACCACAGUGACACCGGAAUAACGGCGAUGAUAGAGCUGCCUAAGAACUGCAUUGCAGCUGCCAUGGAUAAAGACAUUGCGAUCUACAAGCUGACGAUCUCCACUGACUCGCCUCCGUCUGUGGCUGAGAUUCGCCAUCUGUCUGACCACCAGGACCAGAUACGGGCUCUCAUUAACGUCAACGACGAUCUCUUCGCCAGCGGCUCUCACGCCGGCGAGCUGGUCUUAUGGGACGCCACCGAGUUGAAGAUCCUGGCCUACGAGCACAUCUUGUGGGAGGAGUCUCAAGCCAGCGCCCAGAUGGAGAUACGAGUGGGCGGCGCCCCCAAACCCAGCGAGAUGUCGGUCCAGCACCUGACCACCAACGGGAAGCUCAUUCUCGCCGCCGUGGGCAGCGGCCUGUACGUGUACAGCGUUCAGACCAAAACCGUGGUGGCUUACAGGAAGGUGGCCCACGACUCCAAUGUGCUGCACACCAUGCUCAUGUCUGACAGUGAGCUGAUGUCCUGCUCUGAGGAUGGCAGCGUGAGGAUGUGGGAGAUCCAAGACCUGCCUCUACCCGCCGAGCCAACCUCCCCAGGUUUUUUUGGGAUGUGGAACUUCAGCCGGUCUAACAAACAGUCUGGACCUCCAUCGAAGAAGGUGGUGGACCUUCCCAGCAUGAGGACGCUGGAGUUAACAGGGGAUCUCAUCGGACACUCGGGGGCCGUCCAGAUGUUCUUGAAGUUCAGCGAGGACGCGUUGGUCACGUGUUCGGCCGACCACCUGCUGAUCCUGUGGAAGAACGGAGAGAGGCAGUCUCAUCUCCGCAGCCUAGCGCUUUUCCAGAAGCUGGAGGAGAAAGGAGGACUGUGACCUUUCAUCUUGACAUGAUUUUUGGGAGAAUUGUUGCUUGACGUUGCUUGUGAAUCUUGUGGAUAUUUCAUUGUUUACAUUUGUUCGACUGUUGAUCGUGUUAAUCGCCUUUUGACUGGAGUGUUUCACUGAAACCUUAAAUGCAGAUUAAAUACCUCAUCUGAGAAACAGGAAAUUAAAAUGCUGUGCUUCUGUUUUUGUUCUGUGACUCUGCAGACUUCUUGUCUCUUCUGAAAACAAAUA